AUGCGCUGGACGGUCGGGUCCCUCGGUGUCCUCUGGGCUGCUUGGGUCACUGCAGAGACGCCCAGCGAAGCGACGGAGCAGAGGCGCCUGCAGAUCUUCGACCCUUUCGUAACAUCCACUUUUCCAGUAGGUACUGGCAUCACUGUGCAUUUAUCAGGCAGUAAAACAGCUUCUGGAGUUGACAGUGGACAGCUGGACCUGCUGGUGGGUGAAGUCCUUUUUGGACUCUCUUUGGAUCUGCCCCUGGGCUACUACUUCAACGUUCAUCAAGCGCGUGUGCGCAUUGUUUUUGCUUAUCUCACCCAAAACGAAGCGAGAAGUGGUGAAUGUGCUCCCGAUCAACUCGGGCCUGUGAGUGACCAAGUGGUCCAAGCUCCGCUCUCUUCGCGAUAUGGGGCCCCGGCAGAGCAAGGGCUCGGGACCUCCAGCUUGCAGGUAAUGCUCUCGGGCGGUGCGACCUUCGUCCAAGACGGGGACUAUCGCUUGUGUUUCAGUGACGACGGUUCUUUUGCUUCUGGCCAUGCAGAUUUGCUGAACGUGCUCAUCCGAGUCCAGGCCUAUGUGACGAGUCGCCUCCCUGCGGGGAGUGGCUUGACGGUGUUCUUCGAGAACGGCCAGAUGCAGAGUGCAGAGGAUGGGGAGAGCAUCAUAUUGAGUGCCGGGCAGCCGAUCACGGGCAUCUCCCUCCAUUUGCCGCUCUUGUCCAUCUUUGAUGCCUCGAGCUUACGCUUGAAAGCCAUCAACGCCUCCGUCACCAGGGACGAAGCCGUCGACGGCGCCUGUGCGGCGGGCAGUGCGUGGGAACUGCCGACCGAAGUGGUGGACGUCCCGCUGUCGGCCUCCUUGGGAGUCGAGACCUUGCACUCCCAGGGCACGCGCUUCGCGAACACCUCCUUGUCGGUGCCCAUCCACUUUAACUCAGCGGGGCAAGCCAGGCUUUGCUACUCCGAUGACGGGAGCUUCUCGACGAACCACGUGGACCUCAUCAGCGUCUUGAUCACCGCGGAGGGGAUCUUCAGCUCUUGCGAGGUGGCAGGAUGCCAAGCUGCACGGACCUUCCGCUGCUAUGCGCUGCUGGGCAUCUCUGCUGAGGUGGGCAGCUGCGUGUUGCCCAUCGAGGGGGUCGGCUAUAGCUCCAGUGGCUAUGUCUCCUGGUCGGCUCAGGUGGAUGCGCUCUACAGUGGGAAUGGUGAGCCAUUGCCCUUUGACGUGCCGCGUUGUGGACAAUUCCCAGCCGAUCCUGGCGCCUUCUGUGUGGGCGACUGUGCAGGCAAUCGUUCCUUUCCGCUGAGCUCCUCCAACAGCGUGACCAUGCCGCCCAGCGGUCCGCUCACCGCGUCGCGAGACGCCCGCACCACGGCGGUGUGCUACUGCACGGACGUGGUGGGAUGCGAUCUUCCAACAGGGCAAAGCAACUUCUUCCAAGCGAUUGGUCUUGUUCAACUGUUUACCGCUUCCGUGAUGCCCAUUGGAGAGUUUGCCUGCACGACCUCUUCCUCUGGGGUUUUGGCCUCUAUCCCCUUUGGUGCUUGUGUCUUUUGCCCUCCAGGCGGCUGCCCCUUCGAAGGUGCUGCGCGGAUCCUCUUUGCACGACAGCCGGAACCGUGGAACACCCAGACGUUACCCGCUUGGCACCCGCAACAUCGCUGUCGCCAUGCGGUACACGAGAGCUUCCUAUUACCAGCAGCUGCAGAGGCAUCCCAGUUGGAUGGCGGUCCUCGCUCAGAGCUGAAGCGCUUCCGGCCCACCGAAGGCUACACACUGCCGAAUUGGCCGACCUUUGUGCCUCGGGGGAACUGGCUGGACAUUUGCUUCAACCCCGACAUCAACAGUGAUCCCAGCGGUUGGUUCAAGGUGGGCGAAGUGGCCGUCCUGGAUGCCUCGUUGGCCUCUUCCUCCACGGUGCCGAGUCACAGCGCCUCGCCGCCCCCGAAGCAGGUGGGUCAAAUGGGGCAGAUCUCCAUGUCCAGGUCUUUGCUGCCCUACCGGAACCCUUCCAAUGUGGUGGGCCUCAACGUGGGCGGUGGCAUCCGCCUUGCAACCCUCGUCAUCACCGAAGACAGCUCCACCAGAGAAGCCUGCCAGAAGAGUCGCCCCACAGAGGUCAACGGGCUCACGCGUGCGGACGCGAGCGCCUAUGGAGGCACCGUCCGCGGAGAGCGCGUGGUCUUCGACGGAGGGGAAGUGGGAAAGAGCAUCUCCUUCCCCACCGUGGCGACGGUGGUGGUUUGCUACUGCCCCAACUUGGGCGGCUUGGAUGAGUUCGGCGAGCAAGUCUGCCUGGGAAGUCCCUACUGGGUGCCCGUAGGGGCGAUCGUCAUCGCAGGGCCGUUGCCAAAUCAGUAUUGGCUCCUGCCCACCAUGAAGAUCUUCCGAUUUGAAUACCUGGGUGUGAACCUGGAAGAUGGCGACAUGCUGCGCUUGGUCUUGGAAUCCCAAAGCUGUUCCGCCUUUACCACUCCGGAGCGCAUGUGCUUGCAGCCGAACGAGGAUCCCAUGAAUGGGCACCCCUUGUGCGGUAGCACGCGGUUAACAGCGAACUCCGGCCUCAUGCGCACAACCACGCUAGCCUCUACUCGCAUCGCUUGCGACGAGCUGAACGGGAAUUGUCAGUCUGUGCCCUUGAGCUCUGUGGAGACCACCUCCACGGGUUUGCGGCUCACCUUUGCAGGAAGUACCUCCUCUGGAGGUGGUCUGGGCGAGUUGGGCCUUCGUAGUGGCGAUGUGCUGGUGCUGGGCGCUGGCGUUCAGUGUGGUGCCAACUGCUCUCAGCCCAUGUUAGACAUGGCCAAAGGCUUCCUAGGCUUUCAAGGUCUUGAGAGCUAUUUGCCCUUGGACGAUGGAUCUUUGCAGACGGCCCUGGACGUGGUAGGUUCUCGCACGGCGAGCUACAUAGGCUCUGUGGAGAGUAUCACGGGAAAGUUCGGCACCGCCACACGCUUCAGUGCUGGAUCCUCCCUUAGUCUCCCGGGGGGCGCUCCUAUGGAGGCCUCACAAGCCUGGACGUUGGUGCUUUGGGUCCGGAUCGAGAAGGCUGGCUGGUACACGAUUUGUGGCGUGGCGGACUCGGACGGUGUGCUGGAGAAUGGCGAGGUGGAGAUAGGUUUGGCUUCCGCUCCCUGGGCUGAGGGCGCCCCCUUUUUGCGGCAGGAAGGCGGCCCUGGCGCCGGCGAGCAGGCCAUCACAGGCUCUGUCUCCAGCGGCGUUUGGACGCACGUGGCAGUGGUCUAUGGUGGCAGCAUGAGCGGAACCUUGCGCUUCUACUUGGAGGGUGCCUUAGUUUAUGAGCGCCUUGACGUGAAUCUGAACCUGGCCUCGCUCCCUCUGCAGUGCGCGGGCCGCGUCUCCGCCUUCGAAGGCAACGCUUCUGAUGGAUACAUGGACUUGGAUGAGAUCCGCUGGUACAAUGUGCCCUUGAGUUCUGAGGACGUCGCGGCACUCUUCAACGCUGCGGACGGCGGAGUCUUGGAUGCCCAGCAGGCACCUGGUGCACCCAUUGGCAUCGCGGUGGAGGCGACUGAGAACCCAAGCGUCUUCACCGUGCAGCAGGGCAGCUUUGCCGCCGCCCCGGUGCCACCGCAGUUCAUCACCAGCGGCGGCCAGUGGAGGAGAAGCAACCGAGGCGUGAUCCGCGGGGAGUUGAUGAGCAGCAUGGAGCGGAGGUUGAAGCUGUGCUGGGAGCGCGGCAAUCGCGCGGCGGACGCCGGCAUCGUGGAGUUUGUGGCGCAAAGCAGUAUGACCGAGCUGGGCAUUUGGCCGACGCAGCGGGAAUGGUCCAAGUCGUCUCCUUUCAUCCUCACCUUCAAGACAGGAAGCGCUGAAGCAACGCCUGGCAUUCGCUACACACAGGCCGAAGGGCACAUGAGCCUCUCCAUCACCUAUCUGAACCAGGCGGCGAUCCGGCACAUGGGCAGCAGCGCACAGGGGCCCUUUGUGAGCUCCUUCAACCUUGAGAGUGACGAAUGGGACGAGGCCAGCCAGAGCACCUGUGGCAUCAUCUUCCGGGAGUUGUGGAGCAGCGAUCCAGCCAGGGGCUUUCCUCUUCCCUUGGGCUGCUUCUAUCGCAGCCUCACCACGGACAUGCGCGAGAUUGUGGUGAUCUUUGAGAAACGGAAUGGGCUCUCCCCGGACACGUCAUACCAGAUUGUGAUGAAUGCUGCGACCACCAACGAGAUGGUGGCGAACCAGGAGGUAGCUCUUUCUUAA